CUUGUACAAUCAUCCGUUUUCUUCGCAAAAAGUAACUUUUUUUUUCUCUUUUGGUUUUUUCAGCAUUGCUCUCCCCGGGAAAUGCCGACAGCUACCGGCCCCGCCGGCGGAAGCCCAGCUGCACACCACCGCCGUCAUCUACCGGAGUUCUUGAACGCCGCCGAGAAAUUGACAGAUCACGCGCCGACCCAUUUCUCCAGAGACCCCGAGGAUUCGGAAUACGGCAGCACCACCUGCGUCGGCAGAUGCGCCGCCGGCGGCGGCGGCGGCCACCACCACCACCAUCCGGCUAUGCGGUACCUUUCGGUGCGCAAAAGGGUGCCGGAGAAAAUUAUAUUUAGAGGGGAAGAAAUAUUGUUAAAGGUUUUUGAGGUUAUGCAGUGCUUUAGAUCGAGAAAGAACACGGGGAGGUCAAUGCUCGGGAUGCUGCUGGCGAUGGUGGUUGUCACAGCAUUCAUCAAAUUCUCAUUCAUAAGUAAUGGAAGUGUCGGUGGGAUUAAUGAAGGGAUGAUGACGAUGAGGUUGUCGGAGAAUGGUCCGUUUGUCAAGAAUUUCAAGAAUGAUUGGGCUAAUAAUGCCCAAAGAAUCGUUUCUGAAUCUCAAUCUUCAUCAGCUUCUUCUUCUUCUUCUUCUUCUUCUUCAUCUUCAUCUUCAUCUUCAGGGGAUGUUGUUCUGAAACGCCAGAUGAAGGAGGUUUUUGUACCGGAAAUAUGGACGAAACCAAACAGCAAUACCUACUAUAGUUGCAUUGCUCGAUCAACAAACGAAAUGAGGAGGCCUGCGGCGAGAAAUGGUUACAUUUUAGUCCAUGCCAAUGGAGGACUGAAUCAAAUGAGAACUGGUAUAUGUGAUAUGGUCGCGAUAGCGAAAAUUCUAAAUGCGGUUCUGGUUCUUCCUUCCCUCGAUCACCAGUCCUUUUGGACCGAUCCUAGUGAUUUUAAGGAUAUCUUUGAUUGGAAGCACUUCAUUGCAGCACUGAAAGAUGAUAUUGAGAUAGUUGAAUCUUUGCCAGCAAAAUAUUCUAUGUUUGAUCCCUUGGUUAAGGCUCCUGUGUCUUGGUCACAGGCCAGUUACUAUAGAGGAGAGAUUCUGCCAUUACUAAAGAAACAUAAGGUGAUCAAAUUCACACACUCUGAUUCAAGACUUGCUAACAAUGGCCUCGCGCCCUCCAUUCAGAAGCUCCGAUGUCGUGCCAACUACGAGGCCCUUCGCUAUGCGCCUUCCAUUGAGGAUCUUGGAAGGAAACUGGUUAAUAGACUUAGGCAAAAUGAUGAUCCCUACAUUGCCCUUCAUUUAAGGUACGAAAAGGACAUGCUUGCGUUUACAGGGUGUAGUCACAGUUUGAGUGAACCGGAGGCGGAGGAGCUUCGUGUAAUGAGGUAUAACGUGCAACAUUGGAAAGAGAAAGAGAUCGACAGCGAACAAAGGAGGGUGGUGGGUGGGUGCCCAAUGUCCCCCAGGGAGGCAGCCCUGUUUUUAAAGGCAUUGGGCUACCCCUCCAACUCAAAGAUAUACAUUGUUGCAGGGGAAAUAUAUGGCAACAACAGCAUGGACGCGUUCCGGUUAGAGUACCCCAACGUGUUCACGCACACAACCCUCGCGACAGAGCAAGAGUUGGAGCCUUUCAAGCCAUACCAGAACCGGCUCGCUGCCUUGGAUUACAUUAUUGCCCUCCAGAGCGACGUCUUCGUCUAUACAUAUGAUGGGAACAUGGCAAAGGCCGUGCAAGGGCAUAGGCGGUUCAAAGGGUUCCUAAAGACUAUUAGCCCCGACAGAUUAAACUUUGUAAAUAGGAUAGAUUUAUUGGACAAGGGGGAGAUUUCUUGGAAUGAGUUUUCAGCAGAGGUGAAGGCCUUGCAUUUGAAGAGGCUGGGAGCGCCAUACCUUAGAGAAGCGGGGGAUUCGCCGCGAUUAGAGGAGAACUUCUAUGCAAAUCCUCUUCCGGGUUGUAUCUGCAAUACAUCCAAAGCUGAUGAUCAUCAAGUUGGGUUGCAAAGAUAGAGGGGUUGUGUUUUGAUGUUCAUGUUAGUCAUAGGUUGUAAAUCCCAUAUAUACACAGACACCAUUAUAGUCCCAAGCCAUUUUUUAUUAUUACACAUACUAGCUAGCCUAGUGGUAGUCAUUUGCAUGCCCUUGGAGGGGCAAAAGGGGAAGGAAAGAGUUUCAGUGCAGUUUUUCCUGUCAUAUAUAGGUUUGGUUUGCUAGCUGAUGGAUCAAGAUAUAUGCACAUAUAUAUAUACACACACAAGACAUGCACCAAGGGCUUUGUGGUUUCCAUG